GACGAAGACUAUGCUAUACGUUUUGGUGUAUGUGUUUGUUAUUUUAUUUAUUUUAUUCUUCUUGUUGUUGUUAAAGUGUCUCGCAUUUCGUCUACAUCUUUCCAUAAGAAGCAAUAAUAACAAAACAAAAUCCCAAAAUUCUUAUGCACAGCCAUUGUCAUAACCCUUAUUUACGGUUAAUUUAGUUUAAGUUCGGUGCCAAAACAACUCUUUCAUAGGUCACAGAGUGUUUAUGUGUGUGAGGUGAGUUGCCAGAGAAGAGAGAGGAAAAUACGCGCCAAUCCAUAACAAAAACAACACAACACAAACAACAAUGGUGUCAAUAAAGCUAUUAACUACAUAACAUGUGUUUCCAUAUUUCAUGUUGAUUAAACAAUGUACAGAGCAAAUGUUGACAGCAGAAGAAAAGCGGCUAUUAUUCUUCAUUUGAGGGGGUGAAGUUAUAAUGAAAAAAUACUCUCUUUUUUUCUAGGGUCUCUUUAGGGGCUGUAAAGCAUUUGGGAAUAUUCAGCAUAUUGAAGUGUUUAUUUACUCUCUAACCCCAAAUGGCUCCACCGCGCGCUCGCUCUCUCUCACGCUCAAGCAUUUUCAACAGUACUCUUGUCAUAUAAAAAUACGUUAGGCAAAAUCAGCAGCGACAGAGAUAAAGUCUACUGUUAUUUAUAUUUGUAUUAAGGUUUUUUUUAAUCUUCUUCUUUUUAACAAAAACAAAAAAAAAACAAUAACAAAUAAUCAUGCGGAUGAUGAUAACAUUUGCUGUGUUAAAGAAGAAGCAGCAGCUUGCAUAAAUGAACCCAAACAAAAGCAUCUAUAACAAGAAGAAGCAUAGCAUCAAUUCACUACAGCCGCAUCUACAACACAUAGGCAGGUCCUCUCACCCAUCUAAAUGAGUUAUGCUGCAUUUGUCACAUUUGCCGUUAUGAUUUUGCCACCCAUGUGAUUGAUUGAUUGUAAGUUUAUAAUCAAAUAGAAGACACAAUGAAAACUUAAGCGUCGUCGGCGUGUGACGCCUUAUCCGCCAAAAGUAAUGUCAGGUCGGUCAUAAAAGCAAGCAGAAAAAAAACAUGGAUAAAAGCAAAAAAAUUAAAAUCAAAAUAACUUACAUUUGAUAAAAAGAAAAACAAGAAAAAAGUGUCAAGAAAAGUGGAAGGCAAAAAAGUUUAAGGAGAUUUGCAACAAAGUGUCUGGCAGCAAAUGAAUUGAAAAUAAUUCCCCGAAAAAUAUUCAACCAGCUGGAAAAAACAAGAAAAUAAUUCAAAAGUCGAAAAACAAAAUAAAUAAAAAAAAAAAUAAUCAUAAAAAAUAUAUCCCACAGCGAAUUUUCGGGAUUUGGUGCUUACGUGGUAAAAAAAAGGAAAAUUUUAAAAUAAAAUUAACGCCGACGGCAUUCGAAAAAUCAACACAAAACAAAAAAAUACAAAAAUGAAAGCAACAAAUAAUUUUAAGAAAUAGUGCCAAAUAAUCGGAAAAAAUUUCAAUCAAUAUAAAAAUAACAUAUGGGCAAAAAGGAGAAAUAUAAGAUAAUGUAAUAAAGGCAAAAAAAUCGAAAAAAUUUUAAUCAAUUAUUAAAAAAUUAUACAAUUCGAAGAAGUGCAAGUGACAAAAUCAAAAUCUAAGAAAAUGCAAGAAAAGUUCUAGCCAAGUGCAAAAAUCAAUUAAAUCUAGAAAAAAAAUGUAAUACAAUUCAACGAAUCUUUAAAUAGUGAAAAAAUAAAGAAAACCCCAGAAAAUGUAACAAAAGUGUUGUGAAUUGAGCUGGAAAAAGUGCUAACCAAAACCCCUAGAAAAAAUGCCCAACUCUGUUGACAAGUGAUCACAGCCCAAGGAUUACAACUCAUUUGGUAGAAAACGCCUUACGGGGAAAGAGAAGUGUGAGUGUGCGUGUGUGUGAAUGUGUGGGGUGAAAAAAACCAUUACUCUGCAGAACCAAGUGUAUACUCACCACCACCACUGGCAAUACACCCCAAAAAUCUCAAUCCCCGUUAUUGUUGCGUUCUUCACAACAUGACCGAAUACGUUACACCCAACAUACACACAGUGUUGAAAAAAUAUCAAACAAGUGCUCCCAAAAGUCUACAAGGUCCCGGUCAUUCGUUAGCCAAUAUAAAUUCUACGGCCAGCAGUGGCAAUAAUAACGGCAAUACCUUACCAUCAUCCUCCUCAUCGGCAGCCGCAGCAAUUCCCUUACCACUAGUGGCAGGAACUGCCCACUCAGCCCAUGUUGGUCACGUUAAUGCCGCCGUCGACGUUCCAUCUGGUUUGUGUGCGUCAGCUGCCGUACAUUGCCCUCUAGAUGUUAGUCUUGCCAACAAUGGCGGCGGUGUUGCCAAUCUAUCAACAACGGCAGAUAACCAUGGAUUGGUGGCUAUGCGUACCAGUCCCUGUGAUCUUGUUAAAGCCGCGCCUUCAAAUGCCAGCGCAGUUGGCCUCACGAAACUCUCACAGGCAAGCAACAGCAAUCCAACAACAACAGUCCCGUCAUCUUCUGAACAUCUAUCCACAGCCGCGACAAAUCCUGCCUUGCCUCUUAUAAAAAAAGAAAUAAUGACCUCACCCGAGCCUGCUCCACCACCGCAUGACCUUCGCAACGAAGGCCCCUGUGGUCCACCGACGGCGGCACCAUCAGCACCGCCUUCAAUUAAAAUCAUGCCUCCACCCCCACCAGAGGUGUCGCAACCCAUUCUCUCGGCGGCCGACACUGGUUCGGGGGAAUUGUAUGAGACCCGCCUAGAGGGCAAAACCAUAGGCUGUUUCUCUAUGGGCGGCGAGAUGCGCCUGUGCCUACCACAAUUUUUGAACAAUGUGCUGGCUGAAUUCAGUUUGGAACAAAUCAAUCACAGUUUCGAUGAUUUGGGCAUCUUCUGUUCCCAGUGUACCCCGGAACAGCUAUUGGAAUUUAAGGCAGCCAAAAUAUUACCUUCCGACGUCAAAUCGAGCGGCUUAAUAACUCGCACCGAUGCCGAACGCCUAUGUGCCAUUCUCUUGCAUCGUUCCGAUCGCAAUAGCUACAUCAAUGUAGAAGAUAUACCCAAGGGUGCUAUUUCCUUUAAGGUCUACCAUCGUUGCUUUGGCAAAUGUGAAGGUAUUUGCACGCCCGAUAUGUACUCAUAUCAGAAGCCCACUUGCAUAAUGUGCCUGGAGUGUAGGGGUUGGUUUUCGCCACAGAAAUUCGUCGGCCAUGUGCAUCGUGAGGUGGAGAAUCGCACCUGCCACUGGGGUUUUGAUUCACGAAAUUGGCAUGACUAUUUGCAUGUGGCCUUGGAUGUGGAAAAUCGCGAAAAAUAUCAAAAGACCUUGGAUGAACUCAAGGAGGUGGAGAUAAAGGAGCAGCAGAAAGCAUUGCAGGAGAUCAACUAUUUAAAAAGAAAGGUAAUUCUUCUUUCUUUCAUAGCCAAUCCCAUUCAGGCCGAAAUGCAUAUGGACCACUCACUAUUAGUGCCAUCUAUGGGUCUGCCGCCUCCACCCCACCAGCUCUUGCCGCCUUCUAUGGUGGGGGGCAAGCAUCGAGCCGGCGAUCAACUGGACAUUCCAACGACCAAGAAGACCAAAGGCCUGGUGGAUGAUGCCGCCUAUCAGCUGGACUAUCAGCACUAUCAAUCGCUAAUGUUUGUCCAUUGUGCCCAACAGCAGCGUAUGGCUGCCGCAGGUCAAAUGUCGGCCUUUCGACCUUGGCCACAGCCAAAGAAUUUCAUGCAUGCCUACAAUGCGGCCACUGUGGCUGCCUUGUCUAACCUGCCCUAUUUGAGUCAGGAACCACCGGUGCUGCAAAAUCCCGAGCGUGUGGUACGCAGCACGGAUCGUGAGCGUUUUGAGCGUACCUUUCAGCCCAAUGUGGCUCUGGCUCCCCGCAAAACCCUGCUGACGCAAGAGCGUGAAAAGGAGCAAAGGGAAAUGCGAGAGAGGGAACGCAUGGAGCGUGAAAGAGAAAGGGAAUUGGAACGCAUGCGCGAAAGAGAACGCGAACGAGAGCGAGAACGUUCGAGAGAACGUGAAAGGGAAUACGAGCGUGAGAGAGACCUGCGAGAGAGAGAAUUGGCCAAAAAGCAUCAUUUGCAAAUGCAGCAGCAGCAGCAGCAGCAGCAACAACAGCAGCAAAUCAAACAACAACAACAAGCAGCACAGGUUUCCAAUUUGUGUGAGGCCGAUAUACAAAUCAAACAAGAACGCGCCCCCACACCCAACGAAAUGAGCAGUAGCCCCACACCCCCGCCCCACAACACUCACCUGCAGCAGGAGGAGGAACGGCGCAGCAAUAGCAGUAGCUGCAGUCGGCCCAGGCCACCUUCUUGCCAAGACGAUGAGGCCGCCAGUGCAGCGGCCACCGACGCACCCCUAAUGUCCCCUCUCUCCUUGAGUCGUACAAAAGCCUUGGCGGCAAAUCACCAUUUGCCCCAUUUAGAUAUGCAAACGAGAAGACUUUCUUUACAAAACACCUGCACAGCUUCAAAUUCAUCAACAGCAUCUUCGGCCUCAGCUUCGGCUUCGGCUUCGGCUUGCUCCACAACAACGACACCCACAACGCCUCCUGCCCCCAAGCCUCAUCAUGUUAUCCCGCCAAAUUUGCCUGCAAAUCCCCCCAGCCAAGCGCAACUGCAGAGAGCUGCCACCACUGCUGCGGCGGCUGCCAGCAACAACACCUCAUCACCCGCAAACCGAACAGCUACACCCCAAAGCUAUUUAAGACAAUCACCUUCGCCAAAUCGGCGCUGCAAUAGUGCUACAUGUACAAAUCCCCGUAGUCCCGCGGAAUUUGGUGGUUCCAAUGAAAUCACCUCUUCGACAUCACCUUUGCCACAGCAACAACAGCAUAAUGCACAAACAAUUAUUGCCACGGUCAAUCAUCACAACAAGCUGCUGCCCUCUAUGGGACAUCAGCAGCAGCAUCAUCAUCAUAAUCUGAGCAGUGCAGGACAUCACAACGAAAUGCCCGGUCGCAUACGCAUCAGCAAAAAUCUGAUCAAUCAGAAUAACAUCAUACGCUCACCUACACCUCCCAGCCAUCAUAAUGCAGCUACAGCAGCAGCAAGAACACAUCCACAUGCACAACAGCAACAUCAACAACAGCCUGGAGGUCCCAACAACCCAAUGGCAGCUCAAACAAAUCAACAACAGCAAUAUGAGUUUUACAAACAAAAUCAGCGCUUCUAUCAACAACAUCAUCAGCAGCAUCAUCACCACCAGCAGCAGCAACAACGUCAACGCCAUCAAAGCCCACAGCCUGCACAGAAUCAUAAUCAUAACUCACCAUCACAGUCUUCCAAUGCGGCGAAUACAACUUCCGGAUUAAAUCUAACCACAAAUGCUGCGGCAAAUGCCACGACAAUAGAAGGCGGCCCCCCUGCGCCCUCCCCCAAUGCGACGGCAAAUUUAGACAAUUGCCUUAAGGCACCCCACAAUCUGAGAAUGCCGCCUCAGUCGAUGGCGGCCAGCGCCUUCAUGAGUCAACAGCUACACCAUCACAAUCACCACCACCAGCACCAGCACCAGCAACAACUGCAUCACCAGUACCACCAUCCAUUGGCCAAUGGACGCCGCCUGCCUGCGAUGGCCAUGAAUUGUGAAUUUGAGCUGUCGACCGACACCGACGAUGAAAGUGUCAACGAUGGUGAGCCCGAUAGCAGCAACUCGCUAACACCCUGGGAAUUGGCCAUAGAAGCACUGCGUGACUCACGACCCAAGGAAAGAGAACGUCUGCUGAAUAUGCUGCAGCGUGUGCUCAAUGAGAAUCAGCACUACCGCGUGCAGAAUCGCCAGCUGAAAGAACUGAUCGAAGUACGAAACGAGGAGAUUGGCAAAUUGCAAAAUGAGCUGCAACAUUGUCAGCGACAAUUGGCCAGCCUGCAGCUGGGCUCACAGCACCCAGCCAAUCCAAUGGUAGUAACGGCGUCGGCGUCGGCGUCGGCAUCCUCUUUAGCCUCUGCCUCCGCCUCUAAUGGGGGCCUUAGCAAUGGCCUAAUCACCAAAGCUUUGCGCAAGGAAACCAUCGAUGAUGAUCAGCUGAUGUUAAGAGUGCCUCUAAAGAAAUCCCAGCGCAGGGAACCCGAAACUUUUGAAAGAGAUGAUUGUCGUCAAUCGCAUGAUAGGCAUGAAAGCUUUCAACAUCACAACAGCAGUGUAGAGGAAAGCUUUCAGCAUAACAUGAAACAUCAAAUAAAACGGGAGUUGAGUGAGUCCAUGGAGGAGGAUGAGGAAGAGGAUGAAGAGAUGCACAAUCAUCAUCGUAGAUCGCCUGUACAAAGUUCUCUUCGAACGCCCGUCGAAAGCUCUCAACGCUUAAAUACUGGUGAACACAACAGCCAUCAUGACUCCUCAGGCUCUGAGUCCGAACAAGAAGAACAUGACGGCGCAGCGCCAAGUUGUAAUAAUGCCCAUGGGGAAUUAGAUCAGGAUGGCGAUACAAAAAUGUCUUCCCCCAAAAGUCCAAGGGAGCGAUCUCAAAGUGUUGAAAGCUUUAAAAAGCUUUUAGGCUAUCAACCAAAAGCCUCUUCCAUGGCGGAUAGUGAGGAUGAGGAGCAGCAGGAAGAGGAGGAGAGGUCAGGAAGUCCCAAGAGAGUGAAAAGUGAGAAUAAUCAGGCAAGUGAAAGUGAAGAUGAGGCUGAGGAGCACAAUAAUGGGCUUAGGGUCAAUCAAGGCCAACGUGAUGAGCCAGAUGAUGAAGAUGAUGAGGAGGAGGAGGAUGAAGUUGAUACCCACAAAAGAGUGCAAGCCCCUCACAGCAAUGCUUUGAAUACACCUCCCACGGCCACCACUCCCUUGUCCCCGGACUCUGCUGCCACUGCAGGCCAGUUAUUUGACAGCAGCAACAGCAGUGAUGAGUCUUCUAUGAAAAAAGCUCAAAUGUCUGCUUCAAAUGCUUUGGCCAAAAUGAAUGCCGAAACCAAUGAUGGCGUUGAAGAUGAUGAGGUGACGGGCGCUGGCGAGAACUCAAGGUCCCAUAAUCAAAUUGUUGACGAUUAUGAGGAGGAGGAGGAGGAGGAAGAGGAUGAAGACGAAGACGAUGAUAAUACCCAGCAAACACUAAAGACAAGAAAACAAAGCUCCAUUUCACAUUCGGCCGACGAAAGCUCGGAGGAUGAAGACGAUGCGGAUGUAGAUGCGAAUGCGGAUGCUGAGGAUAAUAGGCAUUUGAGAAAAACUUCCCAACAUUUGCAUUUUCGUGUGGAGAAAAGCUCUUCGGAUACAAUGACGCCUGCUAACAAUCACAUACAUAGAAAUAGCAGCAGCAGCAGCAACAACAACACCAAUACCACUACAACAACGGUUGUGUUGGCCACCAAGGCCAGCAAGAAAUUAACGCCAACAACGAAUAAUGAUAUAAAAAUCAAACAGGAAUAUCUAUAAUUAAAGCAACCACAAACUGAAAUGUGCCGAUAAAUGUGUUUAGAAAUCUAAGUACUAUAUAAAUCAGAAAAAUCCCAAAUCCCCCCUUCCCCCCUACAAACUUAUGUCUGUCAUACUUCCUUUAUAGGUUUAAACAUGCCGCUAAAACCACUAAGGCUGUGUAACACAAAGUAGAGGCUUUCGUUGGCUUUUUUAAUGGAAAACAGCUGAUGUUAUAGUGAGAAAACAGCUGAUUUUAAAAUGAAAGAACAGCUGAUUUGCAUUGAUGCUGCAAAUAAGAGGAAAUAUAACAUUGUGGGUUUGCCUGUUUGGCAAUAAAUUCUUACAGCCUUAGACCCACUAAGUCGAUCUAACGAAUCCACAGUGGCUUCGGAAAUACGAAAAAUUGGAAUUACGUCUAUUGAUGAGAGUAACAGAUUGAUACUCUAAACUUCAGGGUCCAACGUGGUCCGAGGGACAUUCAAUGUUGGUCAAAUCAAAUCUAAUUUUGUUAAAACUGUGCUAGGAGCUUUUGUGGUCCGAUUUUAGAAAAAUCAAAAUAAGCCUGUAUUAUUUUAUGUUCGCCCGAUUUUGAGAAAUGUUGCAAUAGGGUUGUCAUUUGUCAA